UAAGAGACAUUUCUAAUCCAGUUCAGAUGGUGAGCUCAGCUCCCACCAAGGUUUACCUUGAUCGCCCAAAUCGCUCCCAGCGGGUCAUGCUGAAGUGGUGAAGAUUCUAAUCCACAAUGGGGAUGAAUCAAUGGAGGCCCAUGCAAUAUUAGAUGAUGGAUCAGAACGAACAAUAGUUCUAUCAUCUGUCAUACAAACUCUCAAUAUCUCAGGAACACAGGAGAUACUCCCAUUGCAGACUGUUCAUCAGGAUGUUAAACAACUGGAAGGAUUAGCCGUGUCCUUCGAGGUGUCACCCCUGUCUGAACCUGCAGAGAGGUAUCAGAUUUCCGACGCUUUCUCCGCUGAUGGACUGAGCCUGGCAGAACAUAGCUACCCUGUAGCUGCCCUCCAGAAGACCUACAAGCAUCUACAAGGCCUACCAUUACAGCCAGUAGAAAGAGCGCAGCCUUUACUCCUUAUUGGCUCGGAUAUGCCUCACCUAAUCACUCCCAUCCAGCCAAUCUGUCAAGGGCCUGCUGGAGGACCGGUUGCAGUGUGUACCAGACUUGGCUGGUCACUUCAAGGUCCGAUGACUCCUAUGCAAACUGCGCGCAGAGGACAGCAAUGUCUGCACAUCACCACAGUUCCAGUCGACACAGAACUCUUUCAGAAUGUGCAACGUUUGUGGCAGACUGAUACCUUGCCAUAUUGUGCAAAGGCAGUGACAAGAUCAAAACAAGACCAGCAUGCUAUCACCUUACUGCAGACAGCUACUACGAGAGUUGACAUAGGUGGUGUCCAACAUUAUGCAACUCCACUCCUACGGCGUUAUCCAGUCAUAACCCUUCAAGCACCGAAGGAAGCUGUUUUGCCCAGCCUUCGCAGUAUCGAGCGCAGGUUGGCUCGUGAUCCCAUCAAAGCGGAGACCUACUGCUCUGAAAUUCGCAAGCUGGAAGUGGAAGGAUAUGUGGCCAAGAUCUUACCAGAAGAAGCUCACCGAACCUCGGAGGCCUGGUACAUCCCGCACCACAUGGUGCAUCACAAUGGGAAAGACAGAAUUGUCUUUAAUUGCUCCUUCCAGUAUAAAGGUCAGUCUCUAAACGAACAGUUGCUCCCGGGUCCCACACUUGGCCCAUCUUUGAUAGGUGUACUUCUGAGAUUUCGUCAGCACACUGUUGCAAUUAGUGGAGACAUUCGCAGCAUGUUCCACCAAGUAUGUUUGCUGCCAAGUGACCAGCCGGUUCUCCGCUUUAUUUGGAGAAAUAUGCAGAGAGAAGAUGAGCCAACCAUUUAUGAAUGGCAGGUCCUUCCGUUUGGAACGACAUGUAGCCCGUGCUGCGCCAUCUAUGCCCUUCAGCACCAUGCACAAGAACAUGCAGCUGAUACGCCCAGUCUGAUUGAAAUUGUGACACGGGCCUUCUAUGUGGAUAACUGCCUCUACAGCACUCCAGAUCCUGCCGAUGCUAAGGUUGUGGUUGAUGGUUUACGACAAUUGCUGGCAGAAGGAGGAUUCGAGAUACGGCAGUGGGCGAGCAACCUACCUUGAACCUGAACAACAUGAGCUCAAGAAAGGUGCCUUCAUUGGUGCAACUUCCAUAGCAUCAAGUCCGGAACUACCAGACCCCAAGCAGUUUCAGACCUGGAGGGAGCUGAUCCAAGCCAGUGUGAGGUCUCCUCACGGGGCGGCUGCCCCCAAUUUGGACACUGGGCCUGAUGCUUCAGAUCAUGUUGCUGCAGAGAGGAGACAUCUGGUCCAGGCUCAACUGGAUUCAUUCCCACAAGAAGUUAAGGCCCUUAAAGCGAAGAAACCGCUGCCAUCGGACAGUCGUCUAUGCUCCUUGGCUCCAGAGUACGAAGAUGUUACUGGUCUUCUCAGAGUUGGAGGACGGCUUCGGCAGGCAGUGGACUUGGAAGUAGAGACAGUCCAUCCCAUAGUUCUGGAUCCAGGACAUCACAUCACUAGGCUGUUGAUAAAGGACUGCGAUGAAAGGCUUCAUCACCCCGGUGCUGAACGUGUACUAGCUGAGCUUCGUCGCCAGUACUGGAUUCUUCGAGGUCGUGAAGCUAUUCGCAAACACCAACAUACAUGUAAAGAUUGCCAGUUCUGGCGAGCUAAACCUCAAGGCCCCCAAAUGGCUGACCUUCCUCCUUCCAGACUGCGAGUGUAUAAGCCUCCAUUCUACUCCGCUGGGGUGGACUGCUUUGGCCCAUUCUUGGUCAAAGUUGGACGGCGUCAGGAAAAGAGAUGGGGCAUACUUUAUAAGUGUAUGACCACAAGAUGUGUGUAUCUAGACUUACUAGAGAACCUGGACACAGAUGCCUUCCUGCUCUCUCUCCGUCGCCUAGUGGCACGAAGAGGCAAACCCUUCGAACUUCUAUGUGACAAUGGAACAAACUUCACAGGAGGAUGUCGUGAGCUAACAGAGGGUUUCAAGUCUAUGGCCCCAAGUUUACAGG